GGCUAACAUUAUUCGUAAACAGUGUAUUGUUUCGGAGCUAUGAGUUAUCUAGUUUGUCGCUCUAACUUUUGGCCACCUUCCGCUCUUAGUUUUACAUUUACUACGAAAUUUGUUGAGCUUGGUGACAAGCGUACUCACUCGGAUUUUACAACACAUUUUAUUUGCACGAUGUUAUUUUUGCCUUAGAUUUCCUCUUUCUGAAGAGUUGUGUUUUGAACUUAAUUUAGUGUUGACGGUUGAGUGUGGUAGAUAAAUUGACACGGCGUUAAAUCGAGCACCUGAACUCAGUAAUUGGACGGAUUUGAUUGGCUGAGUACUUCACGUUUUAUUCCAAAUACGGUCAAGAUUUAAUGGCUUGUGAUAAAUUGUUAGAUUAAAAUUUUCCUGUCUGUAGGACUUGCAGUAAAACAAAAAGACUGCCAAGAUGAUGGUCAAUGGACAAAUGAUCCUCGAAGAGGAUUACGAUGAAAACUAUGAACCCACAGAAAAUGAAAUCAUGGAAUAUGCAGCCUCCAUUGGCAUUGAUGUCAACAAAGAGCAGCACCUUCUAUGGGUUGCUAGAGAAGGCAUCAACGCACCUUUGCCAGAACACUGGAGGCCUUGUCAAACUCCAACUGGCGAUGUCUACUACUUUAAUUUUGCCUCUGGAGAAAGCAUCUGGGACCAUCCAUGUGAUGAGUUUUAUAAGAAUAUGGUAUCUGAGGAGAGGCUAAAAGGGACUGGGGAUAGGAACACAAGUAAUAAGAAAAAGGGAAAAGCCGAAGGAAAGAAGAAGAAAGGUGGUGGCCCAGGAGAUGAUUUGGGACCUUUGACCAAGACACCUGGACAGAAGCUGAAUCCUCUGAUGCCCAAGGCAGAACACAGCCUGGGAGGACCUCAGCUUCACAAGGCCGGGGCCAGCCCACUAGGGCCUCUCAAGUCGGCAGAGAGCUUUGGGGCCACUGGGGGAAUGAGGGGUUCAGUAGGAAACUCACAGCCGAUCCGUGGCAGUCUGAACACCACAACAGGCUCCAUUCAGACCAACAAGAGUUUGGGAGCGACUAGCAGCGUCAGUUUACCUGUGUACUCAGCUGAUUAUGAUGAGGAUGAGGAUAUAAGGCGACCAGGAAAUAGUCUUGACUUCGGGGUCCAUGACAUAGCAGCUUUGGGCUAUGAGGAAUCAGAACCGGAUUCAGAAGAUAAUGUUCGUGCCAAAGAAGAGUCGGAGAGUGAUGACAGUGGGGACUACAUCAAGGAUGUUGAUUUUGGUUUGGACAAGAAUCUGUCCGAGAAACUGUUAGAGUUUGAAAACCUGGACCCUGGACUGAGGGGCUCGCUGGAGAAGAUCCGAGGAGGAAGUAGUUUGGGACAGGACAUAGAUGGCACUCUCUCGCUGAAGUCGACAGCUCGCGAUGAGUCUCCUCGGGGGAAAGUCUCUCCAUUGGACCUGGACGCCGACAGGAAGAGGAAGGCAGAUGUCGCAGCAGCUGCAGCCGAUAAGAGAGCCCAGGAGCAGUUUCUCAAAGAGGAAGAGUUCCGCAUUUCAACAGCCAAUGAAAAAGCUUUACAAGAGAUGCAGGACAAACUGGAGAGGGAAGUGGAGAAUGCCAAAUUGGAGUUGUUAGAGGACAAAGACAGAAGACUGAGGCGACUCAAAGAUGAAAUCAAAAAGGAAGCUGAUGAAGAGGAGCGAAAACUUAGACUGGAGAAAAAAGAGAUCAUCAACAAAUUGCGGGAGGAGCUGACAGCCACAGAGAGGCAGGAGAAACAGGAGCUGGUCCGGUCACAGGAGGAGGAGCUGAAGGCGUUACGCACCGAGCACAAGGACAUGCACACUCAGAAAGAGGCUGAGUUGCGGGAUCAGAUGGAGAGAGCGCUGCAGGUGCUGAGAGAUGAGGUGAAGGCGCUGCAGAGGGAGGAGCAGGAUAAGCUGGAGGAUGAGAAGAAGAAAGCACUGGAGAAACUAGCUAAGCAGCACAUGGAGAAGAUGAGGGAAGAGCUGGGCAAACUCUACGAAGAAGAGAAGGAGAAAGAGGAGAAAGAAUUGGAGGCUGCACGAAAGAGGCAACAAGCCAUCAACGACUUGGAGCGCGGGUUGGACGAGAUCCUGAGCGAGCGGAAACGCGAGCUGAAGCAUGACCACCAACAGCAGCUGGACAGCCUGAGGAAGGAACACGAGGAACAGCUGGCCAAGCUACUGGAGGAAGGGAAGAAGAAGAUUUUGACAGAGCAGCAGAGACUUCAGUCAGAGCUGGAGGCAGAAAAGUCUCAGCUGCAAAGACAGCAUCAGCGCGAGGUGGAGGAGAUGAAGAAGAACUUCCAGGUGAAGAGAGAAGCUCUCCAGGACCAGCUGGACGACCAGGAGGAAGAAUUGAAAGAGAGAAAGACUGACAUUGAGAGAAGAUCUGCUUUUGUGGACAAGUCUUUGAAAACAUUGGAAUCUCAGGAGAAGAAGCUUGAGGAAAGGAGACAGAAGCUAGCAUCAGAUCGGCAAACUUUGGAGCUGGAUCAUGAUGAUGCUCUGGGUUCCAGAGUGACCUCCCUCGGAGCGGCCGAGCUGUCGCGGAUGCGGGAGGAAAAACGCCAGCUGCUGUCGGAGCUGCAGGAGGAGCAGGACCAGUUGGAGCGGGCCAGGCAGGAGAGGAAGGGCCUGGAGGGGGACGUGGUGCGCCUCAAGAUGGCACGCGACCAGCACAACAAGAAACUGACGGAACUACGCGAGAGAGUGGAGAAGAAGGUGAAGGAGUUCGAGGGUCUCCAGGACCGGUUUUCCCAGGCUGCCCAUCAGCAGACAGCCACGCCCCCGCCAGCUGCCAGUGAAGGUCUAGGGGACCACAUGUCUGUCGGGGAUUCACCGGCCAAGUUGACCUUGGGCGACCUCCAGUCGAGUCCGUCAUACGGUCAUGCUCGCUUUGGAAGAAUAGACAGCGAUGAUGAUGAAUCUCUAUUGGGUUUGAAAAAGGGUGGCUCGCACUGGUACGACAACCUGGGGCCAGAUCAGGACUGGAUGGAGCCCAGUGUACCAGAGUCGGAGAAACGGGGUUUGAAGGAACACCUGAGGAAGGAGAGCAUGACUAUCACCCGAGCCAAGGCCUUCUUGCACAAACAGAGGAGAGCUCUGAAACAGCGGCAGUCGGCACUGGCGGCCGCCAAACAGGAGCUGGUCAAGGACACCCGACGUCACCAGCAAGGGAAGGGCUCAGCUCAGAGUGCGGAGCUACUGGACCAGGUGCGGGAGAGUCUGGAGACGGAACGCCACCACAUCGACGCCCUACAGUCGCAGGUCAACUCAGGGUCACGUCUGCUGGUCGAGAAAGAGGAACAGCUCCAUCAUCUGGAGCAUUUGGCGAAAGAGGACGAGAGUGAAGAGGAAUCUGAGUUUUCUCCGUUUCAACGGCCUUGGCAGAGGGUGAAAGUACCUAACCUUGACCUCAGCGAGGACGAGAGCAGUGGGGUGAGCAGCACGGAUGCCAGUCUCGACAACUUCCUGCACGGUCACCGACAUGGAGGUCAGCCCGCCCCAUCAGCGUUGUUCCCUACUACCGGCAACGAAGACCUGACUAAAGCUCUGCACAAAAUCAAUUCCGAACUGUCCCGGGUCCUUACUUUCAUUGACAAAGACGACAAGUCCGGCACUGCGUCUCCAGCCCCUCCGUCCAGCCACCACUACAGUGGCAUGCCAGAGGCUGUGCAGUGGAGCCCUCAUCCUCCUGUCGGGCCUCCUCCCAAGGACUACUCCACCAUGGUGCACACGGCAGAGCAGUCUCUGGAGCGUAAGUGGAGGAAAUAUUUUGGUGAUCGCAGACCUCCUUACACUUCCAGCCCAUCGUACCACACUUCCUCCCAUGGUUUUGGCCAUGCUUCGCUAUCUGUCAGGGACCGCCACUUCCGAGUGAGUAUGCUGGACUCUCGACCCCCGAUGCCCUCAGUCCACUCCCAGCUGAUAGAGCAGAAGGAGUGGCUGAAGCAGCACCACAACCGGCUGGACAACAGCACCGGCGCCACCUACCUCAACACACACACCGCCUGGGACUCGGCAUCUGCGCACAGUGGUGGAGGUAUGUCGGAUGUGAGAAGGGAUGGGGCAGCGAUGACAUCACCAACUCGCUAUGGACCGAACAUUCGCCUGGAACUGGAUGACCGCGAUGAGAUACGAGUGAGACAUUAUUAGGACAACAGUGGGAUGGGGGGGGGGGUUGUCUCAGAGGUGUUUUGAUGCAGCAGUUGCAUCUGGUGAGAUGAGUUGAGUUGUACAGUGAGCACUUGUGACUGUCUGUGUCUUUGAAGUGGACCGUGGUUUUGGCCAUGUUGUUGUUGUUCCAUGACUCCAGGAUGUUUAGGAACAUGACUGUACAGGUUGCUAUUUAUUGUGUCGGGCGUUUUUGACUGAUUGUUGACCAGUUGGAUAUAAUGAUUUCCAUACAGAGAUUUUCAAUGAUGAAAUGCUGAGAGAAGUGUUUUGCAGUGCACUCUGUGCAUAUUUGUUCAAGCAUAUCAAACACUUUGAUUCACACAAGAAACGUAUUCUGGGAGCAAAAAUAGAAGGCAAUUUGUGCUAUAAAAAUAGUGAGGAAGGGGAAGACCUAACAGAGAUGGGAAAGAGACAUAGAAGCCUGGCAUGGAACCAGAACGACUCAGGCAAGCAGAAUGGCAAGAGGCAGAGAGAGUGUUUUGUUGCAGAAAGGUUGGAGAAGCAGUGUUCAACUACUGGCAAAGCUGAGAAGAAGAAGAAGUCAGGUGGAUGGUUGGUGGGUACCUUGGAGCGGUUUUCGUCCACGGGUUUUUUGUGGUGGUACAGGAAAUGUGUGGGUGGUGCUCCUGUCUAACCAACACGGAGGUGCCACUUUCUGGCCAUUGGCGUAAUGCCAGGAUUUGUCCAGAAAAUGUGCUUCACUCUUUGCUUGUAUUCUGUGUGUAAUUUGAUUCGCACAUGCAACACACACACAUACACAGACACACACACACGCUCAGACACACACACACACACACACACACACACACACACACACUUAAAAGGACCUGGUGACAUCCCUCAUAAUGCUUCAUCUUGCACAGGACAUCAUUGAUGAUUCAAACUCUGAAGUAAGAUGGGUUGUUACUAUUUUUAAUAGUUCUCCAGUUGCACGUAACUCUAACGAAUAUAUUGUUGAUAUGUAACUCUGUAUCCAUUAUGAAUUUAAUUUGAGUCCAAAUUUGCGUUUCCCUGUGUGUUUUAUAUCAGUUCUAAUGAACUUGCCAUAAUUUAGCCAGGUACAAUUGGUUACAAUUUUAAAGAUUUUAUCGACUGUUGUACAGAGAAUUUUUUUUCGUUUUUUCUGCUUAUUCUUCAUUACGUUGAAUGUGAUGGUUACCAAUGAUUACCCUUUUGUAUUUCUACAAGAACUACUCGCUGUUAUCUUCAGGGUUGUGUAUACUGUGUGACUUCAAUUCAUGUUUUGAAAGUAAAUGCUGCUUCAAGUGGUGUAUCCUGUACAUGCAGAUUGGGCAUUGUACCUUGUAUAUAAAUCAUCUUUUUUUGUGUGUGUGUGUGUUAUUUAGAUAGUUUUGUACAGAUUUUACCCCAAACAUGUAAACAAAAUAUUAUAUUUACUGUCUUAGCAAAAAGAAAGCCUUUCUUCCAAUCAUCCGGCCUGCCAUUUGUAAAAAAAUGAGCAAAGCGUCUCUGUGAUACUGGCGAUAUUAGCAAUAUGUACUCAUAUACCCUCGUAUAUGCUCCACUGUUUGGUAGUUUAUUAUACAUCUCUCUGGUUACCUGUCUGUAAGUGAAAUCAAAAUGUUUUUUAGUGUUUUUUUGUGAAUAGUCUCAUCAUGGAUCAAGAUCUGAUGUUGAAUUCCUCAUUUAGUUUUUGUAAAGAACUGAAUUCUCUGUCUUUAUCUUUUCCUUUAUUAUAGAUUUGUAACAUUUUCUGAGGAAUUCGGUCUUAUUACACCUGACAGUUUAGUACAUUGAUGUAUUGUAAGAUU